AUGGACGCCCUCUACCACCCCGCAGUUCAGCGAGCCUCAAACUCCGCAGCAGGAGGUGGAUUCGACCGAGCAACGACGACCGUCAAACACAACUUUCUCCCCCUCUCCAUCUCUCAUCCAAAAUUCGUGGGGGCUUUCGUCAACUUUGGGGAAACCGCUUGGAACCUCCAGGACCACAAUGCAGGCUGGUCGGAGCUAUGGGACACCAAUCAAAGGGACCUCUGGGCCCGUGGAAAGCCGUCACCUACACUCGUAGAUUUUAUCGAAAAGGCAAGACGGGAACAUCUAACCCUGCCGCGCAGACCGGAUGAGCAGAGAUUGAAGGCGCUGGCGCAGGGUUGUGGCCGUGGCUAUGAUGUUGUCAUGCUCGCCCUCCACGGCCUGGACGCCUUCGGCCUCGAAGUCUACCAAACCGCCGUUACAUAG